AUGACAGUGGCGAGGUUCUGCAAUAGGCUUCAUGGGAUGAAGCCAACCAUGAUGAUGGUAAUGGUUCAAGUAGCACUGGCGGGAGUGAAUAUAUUCUACAAAUUGGCAGCAAAUGAUGGAAUGAGUAUGAGGAUCAUGGUUGCCUACAGGUUUAUGUUCGCCGCUGCUGCGGUUGUUCCUCUUGCCCUCUACUUCGAAAGGAAUAGCAGGCCGAAAUUAACGUGGAUGGUUCUUUUCGAAGCAUUUCUUUGUGCAUUUUUCGGGGGAUCAUUGGCCCAAAAUUUGUAUGGACAAAGCAUAAUAAUGACGUCAGCGACCUUUGCUUCAGCAACCACGAAUCUGAUUCCGGCGCUAACGUUCAUCAUAGCUGUAUUUUUCCGGUUGGAGAAGUUCGAACUGAAAACCAAGGCGGGCAAAGCAAAAGUGACAGGAACAUUAAUAUGUUUAGGUGGGGCAAUGUUGCUUACGUUUUACAAAGGAGCUGAAAUCAAUCUGUGGUCAACCCACCUUGGACUUCUGCACGAGAACAACCGCCUUCACGCUGGACACUUGGCAGCGUCCCAUCAAAAUUCCAGGAAUCACAUUCUAGGUCCACUUCUUGCAAUAUCUAGCUCUUUCUCUGCUGCACUGUCUUUGAUUUUUCAGGCUAAAAUGAGUGAGAGGUACCCUUGCCAUUAUUCGAGCACAGCUCUAAUUUGCUUAAUGGGAUCUCUGCAAACUGUAAUUUUUGCGCUUUGUGUGGAAAAUAACCGCUGGAGUGAGUGGAAAUUGGGUUGGAACAUCAGACUCCUCGCAGUAUCCUACUCGGGUACAGUGGCUUCAGGAAUAAUGAUAACAGUUACAAUGUGGUGUGUAAGGAUGAGAGGCCCUUUAUUUGUGUCCGUGUUUAGCCCUCUUAUGCUUAUACUCGUCGCGAUAGCAGGCUCCUUAUUCCUCGACGAGAAGUUGCACCUGGGAAGUGUGCUGGGAGCAUUUGUAAUAAUCGUUGGCUUGUACUCGGUGCUAUGGGGGAAAGGCAAAGAGAUGAAAAGAAUCAGCCAGUUGAUGCCAACUUGCGAAAAAACUGAUGAGCAAAUUGAGAUGACUGCCGAGCCGGACAAAAAUGCAAAGAGUUGCAGUAUGAUGGCUUUGGGGGUUAGUCCCAAUUUUCUCCCAACUUCAGAAACUGAAGCAUUAGAUACUGAUCCAGAAGUUCAUUUAGAAGAGGGGAUAUCCACUCCUGAUGGGAAGGCCUAGAAAUGAACCAACUUCUGCUUCCAAGUUUUUGGAUGGUAUAUUUAUUGCAAGAAAGCUCAGUUUACGUGUCUCUCAAUAUCCAGAUUUGUACUAGUAAUUUUGCCUUUUGGUGAAAUAACCUGCAUUGACAGAGACACCUAUUAUCUUCAUUUUUUUUUUUUUUUGGGAAAAUUUAGUUUAGCCCAGGCAAUCUUAUCACUAAUCACUAAUUAGGAUUCCGUUCUCUCUCAAUUGUA